AUGUUGAUUUCACAUCCAUUUGUGUUUGAUCCAUCACAAUUCGCAUAUCCAUUAUCACAGCUAUUAACUACACAAGUACCACUUGAGCAUCUAGCCACAGCAUUUGCCAACGAGCAGGUGGCGUUGCAUGAUCCACAAUGGUUAACAUCUGUGUAUGUGUUGAUUUCACAUCCAUUUGCGCUUGAUCCAUCACAAUUGGCAUAUCCACUAUUACAGCUAUUAACUACACAAGUAGCAUUUGAGCAACCAGCUACAGCAUUUGCCAACGAGCAAGUCGCGUUGCAUGAUCCACAAUGGUUAACAUCUGUGUAUGUGUUGAGUUCACAUCCAUUUGCGUUUGAUCCAUCACAAUUGGCAUAUCCACUAUUACAGCUAUUAACUACACAAGUAGCAUUUGAGCAACCAGCUACUGCAUUAGCCAACGAGCAGUUGGCAUAUCCAUUAUUACAAUUAUUAACCAUACAAGUAGCAUUUGAGCAGCCAACUACUGCAUUCGCCAAUGUGCAGGUGGCAUGGCACGAUCCACAAUUAUUUGGAUCAUCGGCGACGUUGGCUUCGCAGCCUGUAGAAACCAGCGCAUCGCAAUUUUGGUGUCCAAUGUGGCAACUUGUAAUAAUGCAAAAGCCAUUAAUACAUUCAGUUGUGGCAUAUGGUACAGUACAAUCAAACGUGCAGUUGUCGCAUUGA